CAAUAUGUAACUAUUCGGCCAGUGCAGGUCCGAUUGUCACCACGUGUGAGUGUUGUGUUCUGUGUUGUAAAGCCCCUAGUUGCCAGUAGAUAGAGUGAUCGGUCGAUCGAUCUGUGCCGGCAGUGUAUAACCACAACAGGAUAUAUGUGCUGUGGUUUAUUAUUCAACGGUAGCGCUACUAAAAAACCGCAAUCUAGCUGCUUAUUUUUAUCCUGAAUCCUGGUAGAAAGUGGGACACAAUCACACGCACACAUACCUCUGUGUUUGAGGCUGUGUGUACCCGACUCGUAACCGCACGCAUAUAGUGACCCAGCCAUCAGAUCGAUGCGCGAACUUCAAUUGAGAUCAAUUGUCGGUAGCUUUCGCAGUUGUUACGGCUUCAAUCGCUCGCAUCGAUCAGUCCAAUUGGCAAGAGAUUACCACAUCCAGAUUACUAUCUUCCGGACACACUAAAUCUGUCCCUCGUACGCAGAUAAACUUGCACACUAUCAGCAAGCGUACGAGUACGUGAAGCCGCACGAGGAUCGUACGUAGUCAUUCGUAAUCUCUGACUCAUAGACCCCCGGGUAGAUCGACCGUCCGGGCCCAACAUUCAGUUCUUGCCGUGACGUGUGCCCGGUCGCAAAAGGUGAACGACAACGGCCCUCUUGGAAUUUCCUUUCGUGAAGCACCUGCUGACGUUUUUCCUACGCCUUUAACUACGCCUCCACGGAUCAGGUACCGAGUACCCGCCGGAUUACCCGGGUAAGAGCCGGGCUGGAGUGCGGACAAAAAGUGAGUGCUCCUAUUAUCACACGCCACAACACUAUCGGCCGUGUGCGUGUGACACAGCCCGCCCGCAGAGCGACGAUUGUUUAUUAGGCGGCCGGCAGAAUAGGCAGACAUCCGGCGCGGACCAAGUGAGAAUGACAAAUAACCAGGGUACCAUCACCAACUAAGCAGCGCGCAUAACCACAGAAAAACGUGUGCAACAAAUCAAAAACCCUUAUCGGCGAAGAGCCUUCAUCCCGGCAGGCCGCUGUAUCGUUUGGGCCGACCGCCAUCCGUACUACCGUGGGUGAGGUUCUAUCUCCGGAGGCGAUCAGUCUUGAUUGUCCCGGCGUACCAGUCAGUCGUUGGCGAGAACGCUUGUGAACGGGGAACCAGUGGCGAACAGGAGUACCACGAUGGUGAAAUCAAUCACGGCCAAUCCGCAGGGCCAGUUCUCGGUGGAGGACUACACGGUGUUUACGAUCAUGCUGGGAAUUUCCACGGCGAUCGGCGUGUACUUUGGGUUUUUCCAGAAGAAGAAAAAUCAAACCACCGAAGAGUAUCUGCUCGGUGGGCGGAAGAUGAAAACGUUCCCGAUUGCGAUAUCGCUGAUUGCGAGCCAGCUGUCGGGCGUGUCUAUAAUGUCGGUUCCGGCGGAAAUGUACUCGUACGGUGCGCAGUACUGGAUCAUUGCACCGACGAUGAUCCUGAUCACGCUGAUCAUCAACUACAUCUUCGUGCCGGUGUUCUACAACAAUCACAUCACCAACUGCUACCAAUAUCUGGAGGAUCGGUUCAGCCCGGCGGUGAAAAAGUUCGUCACCUUUACGUACGUGCUGAACAUCUAUCUGAUACUGCCGAUCUUCAUCUUCAUACCGGCGCUCGCCUUCUCGCAAGUGACCGGCAUCAACAUCCACCUGAUCAAUGGGAUCGUGUGUGGCGUGUGCAUCUUCUACACGAUGCUGGGCGGCAUUAAGGCGGUCGUGUGGACGGAUGUGGUGCAGGGAAUGAUUAUGUUUGUGUCCUGCUUUCUGGUGGUGGUUAUCGGUGUGGCGAAGAUCGGUGGGCUGAGCGAGGUGUAUGAGCGAGCUACGGCUGGCGAUCGGUUGGAAAUUUUUGACAUGACGCUCGAUACGACAACGCGCCAAACUUUCUGGACCGCUAGCGUGGGAAAUCUGUUCCUGUGGACCGGGUACCUCGGGCUCAGUCAGAGCUGCGUGCAGCGUAUCGUGUCCGUGCCGAGUAUGCGCCAUGCACGGACCGCUUUGUGGAUCUUUUGCGUGGGUUUCAUCAUCAUCAUGACGCUGAACUGCUUCACCGGCAUCGUCAUCUUCGCCAAGUACUUCGACUGUGAUCCGAUAAAGGUGGGGCUGGUGCAGAAGGCUGACAAGCUGCUGCCCUUCUUCGUGCAAGACGUCGUAGGCAACCUGAAGGGCAUGCCGGGUGUGUUCAUCUCUUGUGUGUUUAGUGCAGGAUUAAGCACAAUGUCCGCCAACCUCAACUCGCUGGCGGGAUUGAUCUACGAGGACUACAUUCGACCGUUUAAGCUGUUCAAGCACACCGAUGCCUCAGCGAACAAAACCAUGAAGCUGCUCAUCUUCGUCAGCGGUGUGUACUGCAUUGCGAUGGGCUUGAUCGUGGAACAGUUCGGACACAUACUGCAGAUGGUCGUUACGAUUGCCAGCGUUACCCAAGGCGCCGUGAUGGGGAUAUUCUGUCUCGGUAUGCUGUGGCCGUGGGCCAACAAGCAUGGUGCGCUUUGGGGUUCGGCAUCGAGUGUGAUCGUGAUGUCAUGGAUCAUUGCGGGAGCGCAGAUCGCGAUCAGCAACAAGGAGAUCACUUACCCGCCCAAACCAACCAGUGUCGAUGGAUGCUACGAGUAUGGAUUCAACGUUACGGCGAACGAUUUCCCGACGCUCGUGGCCCCACAGGAGGAAUCCGAAUUUUCCAUCUACAACAUCUCCUUCGUGUGGUACUCGACGGUGGGCACGUUUAUGGUGUUCCUGGUAGGCAUUCCUGUGAGCUACUUUACCGGGUCGCAGGAUAUGCGCAAUUUCCGACCGAAGCUGAUUUCUCCACUGGUGCAGUGGCUACUGCCGGAGGAGGUGCGGCAAAACGAAUUUUCGCUAAAGGCAGAAAAUGACAAACUUAACACCGAACCAAUCAAAGAGUGGACAUUUACCGCGAACGAAACGGAAAAGUAUAAAGAAAGGCAUGGUGUCAUCGAGCAGACUUUGUGAGGGAUAUGACGCUGAUGCUCCUGUGCAGAGCUAGUGCAGAGAUUGUAACACGUGGUGCAACUCGUGGUGCGUGUGGUAGGAAAUGUUUUUUUUUUUUUGUUAAGUUCUAUCCUAGUAGUUAUGCAUGUUUAUUGAAAGCGGGAAGGAGUUACUGUAUGUUUAAUGUUCACACGACACACAUGCUGUGUGAGUCGUGUUCAUCUCAUCGAUGUGUGUGUAGUAUUAAUUUGGUCAGUUUUAAAUACGCUCUAUGUUUGAAUGUUGUAAUAAAUCCAGACCGAAGUGUAAUAAAAAAGGAACAAAGUUUAUAUAGCAA